AUGGCAUCCCUGAAGCUCACCGCUGUGCUCGCCGUUCUCGCCGUCUGCUCCGCUCUCGCGGCGACGACGCCGGCGACGGCGUACCCGCCCGAGAGCUGCGGAACGCAGAACAGCUACUUCAUCAACUGCCUCCGCCGCGGGUUCGGCGAGAGGUGCUGCGCAAUGGUCGAGACCCCGAGGUGCUUCUGCCAGGUGGAGCGGGAGGCGGAGAUCCACUGCGUUCCCGGCCGGAGCUGCCCCAGCCGUGGCCUCGCCAAGGUCGUCAAGGUCGCCGAGAUGCACCUCCGCUGCAUGAAGAACCUCAAGUGCAAGCGUGCCUAA